AGAAGACCAAGUCCAUGCUUAUCGGCAGCGAUCGCAAAUUGCGUGCUACCACCGAUAUCUGUCUCGGUAUUUGACAAAGAAGUUGGGGGGGGGGGGGAGGGUUGGAUACUUUAACUUACCCUCAAAUUUUCCCUGGACGGAGCAAUUUAAAUAUGUUUCCCCAGAAAACAAAUCAACGUUAAGGCUUUUUAAGGAAGACUAAGUCUUUGCUUCCACAUAUUGCGCGAUUUCAUUUCUAUAACAGGCUCAUUCUCCCGAACUUUGAUUAUGACGGCAUUGUUUGGGGGGAUAAGGACAAUGCCGUACUCAUGAACAAUUUACAACUUUUACAGAACAAGGCUGCCAAAACUAUAUUAAACCGACCUUUCCACUCAUCUGCUACCAAUGCACUUGAAGCCCUAGAG